UUUUUUUUUUUUUUUUUUGUAUAUGUAUUGCUUUGCAUAAAAUGAAUUAUUAUCAAACACCACCACCGCCUAUUCCGAAAAGACCGUCAUUGGAUGAUAAUAUUGAAAUAACGAAUGUAAAAGAAGGAGAAACUGUUUAUCAGCGUUUUCUUCUUAUUAAUGGCCGUGCAGGUCCUCGUAACUCUAAAUUUGAUAAACCAGUUUAUGUUCUUUGUAAUGAUUUUCCUAAAACAACUUGGCCCUGUGUUGAUUCCUAUUUCAAGGCCAUGGUUCAUUUAGUUCCUGGUCCCAACACUAUCACAUUUGUGUUCCCUAAUGGACAUAACACUGACCAACUCCAUUUCCACGUCAACUAUUUACCUCUUUUACAAAAUCCACCAUUGUCAUUAGUGAUCAUGAUCGGAUCUGAUUCUCCUGCUCUAUUUGAUGUACCACCUGAAAAGCAAGGACAAAACACGCUCGAGAUUGCUAUUAAAAAGCUUCGUAUGGCAGGAUAUAUGUGGCAAGUAUUUUGUGCCGAGCAAAUGUAUCGGAAUGGUAUGGGACGUCGUACCUUUCAAUUAGAUGAGGCAUGGUUACCUGAUACAGUAUCAAGCCAAGAGGAAGGUAGAAUGCGACAUACAGCUCGUGUUCACAUUAUUCGUUCAAGACAUACUGUAGCUGAGAUACGUGAUAUUCGUCGUGCUCAACAGAGCAAAUAUAGUAAUGAAGAAUUUGAUAGUUUAUUUGAUUAUUUUAUGGAAGAAUUAGAGAGGCAUCCACCCUUUGAUAAGCCCUGCACAGUUGCAGGAUUAAUUUUAGAUUCACACUGGGAUACAACUGAGCAGGUAUCAUUAGGUCAUACGGCCUUAGGUGGUGGUGCAGGUGAUACUGCAUUGGGCGUCUUCGGAUCUCAUCUAUUGCAUGCUUGGCCGACUUCAAUUGAAGACAUUGUACCAAGUCUACUAAAUAAUACAAUGACUGAUACAAGAUAUGUUGCAAAUGAUGCGAAUGAAAGUGGAAAUUGGUGGCGAGCGUGCAAUAUUGGUAUGGGAGCCAUGUUGCAUGAAGUAGGCCAUUCAUAUACUUUAACACAUACGCCUACAGGUAUUAUGAGUCGUGGCUAUAACAAUUGGAAUCGUACAUUUGUAGCAAAGGAACCAGGAUUGGCACCUAUUCCACCAGAAGCAGAAGGAGGAUCUCAUUGGCACAGAGCAGAUAUAAUACGACUUCGAUUUCAUCCUGCAUUCCGAAUUCCUGAAGAUGGACCUAUAGGCAAACCCAAUUCAUCAUCACCCAGCUUUGUAGCCUUGGAUGACGGCCAAUUUGAAAUAAUUGCACCAGCAGGUCUGUCAAUGCUUGAAAUAUUUGUAAAUGGACAAUAUAGAACUCAUUUAGAAUUCCUCCAAAGAACUCAACCUACAGCUUUAAAGUUGAGUAUCCAAGAUAUUUGUGCUCGAUCUCAUUGUCGACCUGAUGAAAAGAUUGAACUUGAAGUUACUUGUGUUAAUCAAAAACAAAAACAUCUAGAUAAUUUAAUAGAAUUUUUAAACACUCAUUGUAUCCGUUUACCCGGUAUUGGAGAGGAUACUAAUAUACUCAAGAGUGAUGUCUACGGACUCGGAGAGGGAGGUGAUGCCUCGAAUGUGAUUUUUAUUAAUAAACCCCCUCUAAGAAAAAUCAUUGUCCAUCAUGGAAGCUUCUUUGAUGGAUUUAAAUUGAUUUGGCAAGAUGGAAGUCAAAGUGUGAUUGGUAAGUCUGGUGGUGGUAACUCUGAAUUUGAAGUGUUUCCUGGAGAACGUAUACAAGGUCUUGUGGUACGCAGUGGUGCUUGGAUUGAUGGCUUACAAUUCAAGAUGAGUAGUGGACGUUUAAGUCCUUGGUUUGGCGGACAAGGAGGUGACAUACAUAUUGUAGAAGCACCCUCAGGCUAUGAACUUGUAGGAUUCUUUGGUACUGCAAAGUCUUGGAUGGAGCAAAUUGGUAUUUAUUAUCGUCGUAGUUUAUAAAUAGAAUCUGGAGAAAAACUAGAAAGAAUAUUUUCUUAAUAGAAAAAAAAAAUAAAAUAAAAA